AUGUUCACUCUUUUAAGGUUGUUGAUGGCGGGUUUGUUGUCAAUCAUCAACGUGUACACGUCCCAAUUGAAGCUGAUAUUCAGGAGGAGAAGUGCACUGAGAUAUUAUUCUUCUGUGAAUUCAGCACUAUCUUCCAUAACUCUGUCAGAGGAUGAAACCUCAACACUUGAAGAUACCGUUGCUGCUGAUAAUGACGACAUUUGUGAGCCUGUUGACACUGGUUUCUUGUUUUCCAUUAAUGAGAGACCAGAUGAAGAUGAAAUGAAAAGAUUAAUGUUAAUACUCGCAAAGCGUGGAUGGAAUCUUGGUUGUCAAAAUGGGUAUAAUAUCUAUCUGAAUCAGUUGAACAUUAUAGAUCUUUUGAACGAUCUGUUUGAGGAGAGUUUGGAUGCUAAACUUGUUCUAUACUUCUUCAAGUGGUCAGAAUGCUGUUCUGGAUCAAAGCAUACAAUACAAACCAUAUGUAGAAUGAUACAUAUUUUGGUUUCUGGAAACCUGAAUCAUAGAGCAGUGGAUCUGAUAUUGCAUCUUGUGAGAAAUCAUGGUGACGAGGAGUCAUGCAUUAUUAGGAUCAAAGCAGUUGGAAUUGGCAUGGGAUUUUCUGGAAGUUAUGCGGACAGAGGGAUGGGUUUAAAUGCAGCUAUGAUGAGCUUAUUCAUUAAUAAGUACUGUAGUGAGGGUGAUCUGGAAAGUGGUUGGAAGUUGCUCUUGGAAAUGAAAAAUUAUGGGAUUCAACCUGAUGUGGUUUCAUUUACAAUUGUUAUUAACUCACUUUGCAAGAUGUCUUAUCUGAAUGAAGCCACCGCUUUAUUGUUUAAGAUGACUCAAUUGGGUAUUUCUCCUGAUCCAGUUCUACUUAGUUCAAUUAUUGAUGGUCACUGUAAGCUGGGGCAGACAGAGGUAGCAAUAAGCAUAUUGAAGAUUUUCAAUACUUCCCUCAAUAUUUUCAUAUACAAUAGCUUCAUUUCAAAGUUAUGCACAGAUGGUAAUAUGGUUGAAGCUUCUAGCCUGUUUCAUGAGAUGUCUCUGUUGGGCUUGCUCCCCGAUUGCUUUUGUUACUCUACUAUAAUUGAUGGAUACUGCAAAGUGAGAGACAUUGAUAGAGCUUUUCAGUAUUUUGGGAAAAUGUUAAAAAAUGGAAUCACACCAUGUGUUACCACAUACACAUCCCUCAUUGAUGCUUAUUGCAAGUCUGGAAACAUGGAAACGGCAGAAUAUUCGUUUCACAAGAUGAUUUCAGCAGGUUUGGCACCUGAUGUUGUUACAUUCAACACCUUAAUGGAUGGCUUUGGUAGAAGGGACACUUACAAAAGAGAGCGUCGAAUAGAAGAAGCUAAUGUUUUGUUUCACAAGAUGCUUAAUAUUGGAUUACGUCCAGAUCUGAUACUGUACAACACUCUGAUCAUGGGCAUUGUAGUUUUGGGAGCAUGGAUGAUGCAUGCACCUUGA